AUGUCAGCUAUUCUCGUAUUCCUAACGGGCGUUGCCGUUGUCGCUAUAGUGAAGAUAUGGCAGACGGUAUUACCCAGAUACCGCGCAUCGCUACGUCGUCUCCCGGGUCCUCCUAGCGAAAGCUUCGUAUGGGGUAAUCUUAUGAAGAUCACUGCAGCUCACGGACGUCUUCACCAAGCAUGGGUUGAGCAGUAUGGACCUAACGUCAAAAUCCACGGAAUGUUCACGGCCCCUCAUUUACUUACCACGGAUCUGGAUGCACUCCACCACGUCCUGUCGCAUCCGGCGGAUUACUGCAAGCCCGGAACUAAUAGGCGGACUAUAUCAUCCAAUAUUGCAGGCAUUCUCGCGGUAGAAGGCCAGCAACACAGGAAUCAGCGUCGGGUCAUGAACCCUGCUUUUGGACCAGCACAGAUCCGGGAUCUUACUGGCAUAUUUCUCGACAAAGCUAAGAAUCUCUGCGAUUACUGGGGAGGCCAGAUGUCUGAGGACGGAAGACUUUGCACAUACAUCGGCGAUGGUCUGAGCAAGAUGACCUUGGAUGUCAUUGGCCUCGCGGGAUUCAACUAUGAGUUCGACGCACUUCAGAGGAACGGGAAACCCAAUGAGUUGAACCUGGCGUUCAAGGAGCUUGCCUCAUCACCCCCGCAAGCCGCGACCAUGAACGAGUGGCUGAGAAGGAUGAUUCCUUUCACCAACAAAUUCUACCCGGAUGAGCGUGCGGUGAAACUCGAUAAAGCCGAGGCAGUGAUCAAGCGCAUUGGACACCAGCUCAUCAAGGAGAAGAGGGAGCAGAUUUUGAGCGAGUCAAGCGAGAAGGGCUCCCAGUCCGUCGAGAAGAGGGACGUCCGCGGCCGCGACCUGCUUACUCUCCUCAUGAAGGCGAACAUGGCGACCGACAUACAGGACAGUCAACGCCUGACCGACGACGAAGUCCUGGCCCAGAUCCCCGCCUUCCUGGUCGCUGGUCACGAGACCACGAGCACCGCAGCCAGCUGGACCUUAUUCGCCCUCACCAAGCAACCUGCGCUCCAACGCAAACUUCGCUAUGAGCUCCUCACAAUUGAAACGGAUACUCCGACGAUGGAAGAACUCAAUGCACUCCCCUACCUCGAUCAGGUCAUUCAUGAGACCCUGCGUCUGCACGCUCCCGUCGUGAUGACGAUCCGCGAAGCCCAGCACGACGACGUCAUUCCGGUCAGCCAACCAUACACGGACGAACGAGGAAAGGUCCAGCAUAAUAUUGGGGUCGCCGCAAAGAAUAGGAUCUUCAUUCCCAUUCUUGCUCUCCAAACUUCGAAGCAAAUCUGGGGAGAUGAUGCACUCGAGUUCAAGCCGGAAAGGUGGGACAAUCCGCCCGAGGCGAUCGCGAACAUGCCUGGUAUCUGGGGCCAUCUGCUCACCUUCCUUGCUGGUCCGCACGCGUGCAUCGGCUAUCGGUUCUCUCUCGUCGAACUGAAGGCGUUGAUCUUCACACUCAUCCGUAACUUCGAGUUCGAGCUUGGUGUGCCGGUGGAGGACGUCGUGCCUGUUGGGGGCUUCAUUGUACAGCGCCCGGGAUUGCGCGGUCAGAAGGUAGCGGCCCUUCCUCUUAUCUUGCGCCCUUACAAGCGAACGUAGUACUCUCCAGAACGCUAUGACUCCGUCUAUGGUCUACAGAUAUCGAAUGUCAUUUGAUCGACGACGAUACAU